AUGGAUAAGGACCCAAAUAGUACAAGUAAAGAUUCAUCAGGUAUACCUAUAGCAACCAUAGCUAGGUUAUUUCAAACUUCAGCAUUCAAAAAUGAAAAAACCCGUAUAACCCAAAAAACUUUACAGUUGUCUUCAGAAUAUAUUAAGUUAUUUAUAAACGAAGCAUUGAUACGAUCAAAUGAAGAAAGGUUGGCCGAAGGUGACACGCUUACUAAAGUAGAUGGUAUAGACAAUUUAAACAAGACCCGUGAAAUGGAACAGGGGGACAUUGAGGCAAGGGUUGCUGAUAAUACAAUGAAUGACGGGAGUGAACCAGACGAUGAUGACGAUAUGGACGAUCCAACCCAAACUGGCACUCAAAACCAAACAGCAUACAAUUCAGAUGUGGAUUUAGGAAACGAUACGUUAGAUGCGAAACACUUAUCUAAAGUUGCCGGGAUUUUGGUUUUAGAUUUUUAA